CCUCUCUGCCAUCGCGCUCGCCUCUCUCCGCGGCCGGCCGCCUCCCGGAGCCCCGGCCAGCGGCAACAGCGCAGCGCUGCCCUCUCCCAUCCUUCCCGGGAGAGCGGGCGAGCGGAGGGACCGGGGCCGGGCGGCCCGGAGAAGCCGGUGGAGAUUCUUUAUCUUUGUUCAGGAGCCUAAGGUUGCUUGCUGAUCAUAAGAAGAUGAUUCUGUGGCUCUUUCUGGUUCUGUCAUCUCCAGUUUCUUCUACAACUGCAGAUGCUGAUAUAUCUGUGGAAAUUUGCAAUGUUUGCUCCUGUGUGUCAGUUGAGAAUGUACUCUAUGUCAACUGUGAGAAGGUUGCAGUCUACAGACCAAAUCAGCUUAAACCACCAUGGUCUAAUUUUUACCACCUCAACUUUCAAAACAACCUGCUAAUUAUUCUAUAUCCAAAUUCCUUUCUUAAUUUUACACAUGCUGUGUCCUUGCAACUGGGUAAUAAUAAAUUACAGAACAUUGAGGGAGGGGCCUUUAUGGGUCUUAGUGCAUUAAAACAGUUGCACUUGAACAACAACGAAUUAAAGAUUCUCCGGGCUGACACUUUCCUUGGCAUAGAGAACUUGGAGUAUCUCCAAGCUGACUACAAUUUAAUCAAGUUUAUUGAACGGGGAGCCUUCAAUAAGCUUCACAAGCUGAAAGUCCUGAUACUUAAUGACAAUCUGAUUUCAUUCCUUCCCGAUAAUAUUUUUCGAUUUGCUUCUCUAACCCAUCUGGAUAUACGGGGGAAUCGAAUACAGAAGCUUCCCUACAUUGGAGUUCUAGAACACAUCGGGCGAAUUGUUGAAUUGCAACUGGAAGACAACCCCUGGAAUUGUACCUGUGAUUUGUUGCCUUUGAAAGCGUGGCUGGAGAACAUGCCCUAUAACAUCUACAUUGGAGAGGCUAUCUGUGAAACACCCAGUGACUUGUAUGGAAGGCUGCUGAAAGAAACCAAUAAGCAGGAGCUGUGCUCCAUGGGGACAGGGAGUGAUUUUGACGUGCGCAUCCUGCCUCCCUCGCAGCUGGAGCCCGGUUACAGCACACCCAACGGCCACACCACUCAAACAUCAGUGCACAGAUUAGUCACAAAGCCGCCAAAGACUACAAAUCCUUCGAAGAUCUCGGGGAUAGUAGCAGGCAAAGCAUUGUCCAAUCGUAAUCUCAGUCAGAUCGUAUCUUACCAGACCAGGGUGCCUCCUUUAACUCCUUGUCCAGUCCCUUGUGUUUGCAAGACUCAUCCUUCAGACUUGGGAUUAAGUGUAAAUUGCCAAGAAAGAAAUAUAGAAUCAAUGGCUGAACUCGUACCAAAACCUUUAAAUGCCAAGAAACUGCAUGUAAAUGGCAAUUAUAUUAAGGAUGUGGAUACUACAGAUUUCGCUGAGUUUGAGGGGCUGGAUUUGCUACAUUUAGGCAGCAAUCGGAUUUCAGUGAUCAAAGGAGAUGUUUUCCGCAACCUUACAAAUUUACGGAGAUUGUAUCUCAAUGGCAACCAGAUAGAGCGUCUGAGCCCAGAAAUGUUUGCUGGCCUCCACAAUUUGCAAUAUCUGUAUUUGGAAUACAAUGUUAUCAAAGAAAUCCUAGCAGGCACCUUUGACUUAAUGCCAAAUUUGCAGUUGCUCUACCUGAACAACAAUCUUCUGCGAAGCUUGCCAGCAUAUAUUUUUGCUGGUGCACCACUUGCUAGACUGAAUCUGAGGAACAAUCACUUCAUGUAUUUACCUGUAAGUGGUGUUCUUGAUCAGCUAAAAUCUCUUACACAAAUAGAUUUGGAAGGUAAUCCAUGGGACUGCACUUGUGAUUUAGUUGCUUUAAAACUGUGGCUUGAAAAGCUAAAUGACGGUAUUGUGGUGAAGGAAUUGAAAUGUGAAACGCCCGUGCAGUUUGCUAACAUAGAACUUAAGUCUCUGAAAAAUGAGAUUCUCUGUCCUAAACUUUUAAACAAGCCAUCUGCUCUGUUCACUAGUCCCAUGCCUGCUGUUAUUUUUACAACACCACCAGGACCAGUCCGGAGUCCUCCUGGUGGCCCAGUUCCAUUGUCCAUCCUUAUCCUAAGCAUAUUGGUUGUGCUGAUUUUAACAGUGUUUGUUGCUUUUUGUCUUCUUGUUUUUGUGCUUCGGCGCAACAAAAAACCAACCAUAAAGCACGAAGGGAUUGGAAACCAAGAGUGCAGUUCUAUGCAACUGCAGCUAAGAAAGCACGAUCACAAGUCAAACAAAAAAGAUGGACUGGGUGCAGAGGCCUUCAUUCCUCAAACCAUUGAGCAGAUGAGCAAAAGUCACACCUGUGGCUUGAAAGAGUCUGAAACAGGCUUCACGUUUGCUGACCCACCAGGGCAAAAAGUCAUUCUGAGAAAUAUGAAUGACAAGGAGAAAGAUUUAUUGCAUGUGGAUACCAGAAAAAGACUUAGUACAAUCGAUGAACUGGAUGAGUUAUUCCCUGGAAGGGAUUCCAAUGUAUUUAUUCAAAAUUUUCUUGAAAGUAAAAAAGAAUACAACAGCAUAGGGGUCAGUGGCUUUGAAAUACGUUACCCAGAGAAACUGCAAGACAAAAAAACCAAGAAGUCUCUAAUAGGUGGUAAUCAUAGUAAAAUUGUAGUAGAACAAAGAAAAAGUGAGUAUUUUGAACUAAAAGCUAAACUUCAAGGUUCACCUGACUACCUACAAGUCCUUGAAGAACAAACAGCUUUGAAUAAAAUAUAGGUCAUACAAUCUUAUUGCCUACAGAGGACAUUUAUUUAAUGAUGAAAGUGCCUUUUGUUGACUUUUAACUUCCAAAUACUAUAUUAUAUUGAUAGGCAUAGAGGUAUAUACAGGUGUAUCCAAGGGUGUCUGAUUAACUGUAGCUGCGUAUGAUUUGUCAAGUAGAGGAGAAUUUCCUUAAUAGAUUUUACUCCAUAAAGCUCAUGCCCUGUGGAAUCCUGUAGGGAUACUGCAAACUCUAUUGCCAAAGGGAUGCUUUAUACACGUUACACUGAGUUUAACCUCAAGAGGCAUAUAUGUUUUGUAUCUUAAAUGCAAACCAUCGUCUCCUUGUGAUUUGUUAGAACAAACACAAGAAACCUGGUACUGAUAUUUGUACUUCAGCUGGGUCCUUCAUCCUGCACGUGGAUUUAAGUUGGUGGAACUGGAGUAAUCCUUUGAUUUGUGGUGUUCUAAUGGCACUGUUUAAAGCUUAUCUGGAAAGUAACAAGCAUGCAAAGAGAGAACAUUCAAUAGUAUGUGUAAAUUGGUUACAUUUAUGGGCUGCAUCUUGAAACCACUGGAAUUAUAAUGUUAAAUUGUGCAAAUAUUUAUUUAAAAUAUACCAUGCUUUACAUACCUAUGAAAUAAAUCUGACCAUUUGAAGCAUACAUGUCUAUACAGAAAAUUAAAAAAAAAAAAAAAAGAAAAGAAAGAAAAUAGUUCAACCUGACUUCUGCAGUAUUUGUGACAUCUGAAGAAAAUAUUUGGUAUUUAUGCAGAAUCUGUUCUAAGACUCAUCUCCAAUUAAAACCAGAGUUCCUUCUCAGUUAUGUGGAACUUUUGCAACCCCAACAGGUUGUCCAGAAUUAUCAAAGUGCUUACUGUGUGAGCGUGGCAAAAAUUAUUUUUGUAAUAUAAUUCAUAUUUAUGAAAUACUUUGUAUACUACAUAGGAAAAAAUAUGUACUCCUUAAUAUGUAUUUAAUAUGCCUGACUUGUUUUCCUGAUCACAAUGCAUUAAUCAUUCAGUAUAAAUAAAACCAGAACAAUAUACCAAACAGCAACCAGGGAUGUAAUGUAUAGCAUCGUCCAGAAUUAAGUGAUCAGAUAUAACAAUAAUACUAGUAAUAAUAAUAAUAAAAUUGUUCUGUAAGAUUCUUGUGAGAUUAGCAUAUUACCUUAUUUCAGAUUUGUUACCAAUGGUGCAUUUUAAAAUAGAUUGUUUUUUUAGAAUUGUGUCCCAAGCAGUAAUUUACCAUCAGUUUUCUUGCUUUUCAGGUCUCUACAGCUUAAUCUUAAUACUUUUCACAAGUAUUUACAGGAAUUCAUGCUAAGGGGAAUAUUUUUAUUGUACACCAGAAGUUUUCUGUCUUAUCUCUCUGGCUGCUGUUAGUAAGCAAAGCCUGAUCAGAACAGUGAACAAUAUGGCAAAUCCUGUCUAAAACCACAGUGAAAAAUGGAUAUAGUGGUCUCAGUUCAGAGGACUGUGUAGCUCAAAACUAGAGAGUAAAAGCUUGCCUUUGUGAAAGCUGAAUCUGAAUAGCCAGGAAAAAAGGUAGAAUGGAAAAUCCCCAUUGUAGCUGACUGAGAGAUGGUACUUUGACAUGAGAAUGGAGAUAUAUUGGUAAAGCAUCCUACAGCAAAUCUAGGCGAUGAGAUUAACAAAAUUUCUUUGAUUUGAUGAGCUUUGGAUAAGACCCUCUUAUCUCCUUUGCUUUCAGAACCUUUACCCUCCUUACCCUUUAUAAUCAAUACGUAAGUCAAUUAAGAUAGUAGGAUAUAAACAUGAACAUUUUUCAUGAAUUUGAAGCUAGCAAAAAUUAGAGCAAGGCUCAAUAAUAAUACUGUGGAGAAGGCUGUGUCAGCUAUUUCCAAUAUAAACCUCUAAUUUCAGGGCUUUAUGACACUGAGUUGAAAUUUUUAUUCUGGAAUGGUACUUGGCAAACAGCCUGCAGUAUAUUUUUAUCAAAAUAGACGAAAAGAAAAAAAAAAAACCAAAAACAAAAAAAGCACUGCUUCUUUAUUUAAGACAAA